AUUUUUUGAAGUGAAACUUCUUUAGGCGCAUGAGGGUAAAAUUUUUACAAAUGUAACGUCACGCAAGUAUGCAACGGAAGUGUCGAAAAAGAGAGAGAGAGCGAUCGAGACCGAUUGAGAGAGAGUAAGACAGGGCGAACGUAGCAUGAAGCAACUAGCGAUGGAGUGAGAGUAGGGAGCAAGCAAGUGAGAAAGAUCGAGAGAAAAAGUGAGAUAGAGCGAUUGUCGUAUCACGCACAGUGCCAUGGAGCGAGAGGUGGGAGAGAGCUAUAGUGAGAAAGAUUGAACGAGAGAGAGAAUAAGGGAUAUUGAGAAAUAAUACAUGCUAUAUUGGUUUGUGUAUUCGUUUACUAGUUAAUUGUUAGAACUUUAGAUGGCAAAUCUGUCGCAUAACGUCAUUUGCAGUAAACGCAGAUUUUUCAUCUAUUUACAAUAUUAUUAGCACUUAUGCAGUGUAUAAACAGUGAGUUAAAUUUAUAAAUAAACUUUAUGAAUAAUAUUUUGUGAUAAAUUUUAAAGUCGUCCUAUAUACUAAGCAGUUACUCGAAAUCGCAAUGCCAAAAAUUGUGGUGCGAGAAUGUGAAACAAUUAAAAAUAAAAUAUUUGUUAGACGGCCAGGUAAAACAUCAACAGAACGUUCACGUGAAUUUAGAGAGCGGAAGAAGGCUUUAAAAAAUGCAGCUAGCCAAGAGUUUAAUAUCUCAUCGUCCAUCAUUACAAAAACUAAACCAAAAACUCCAGCAGAGCGUAGUCGUGACUACAGAGCUCGAAAAAGACAAAAAUAUGAAGAAAAUCAAGUCAAAUUAUUUGACGCGAAUCACUGUUGAAGUUGAAGUACAUCAAGAACAAGAAAAUUCUCAACCUUCGACUUUGACUUUACCAAUUGAAAAAAAUAAAACUUCAAGAGAACGUGUUCGUGAGUUUAGAGCAAGAAAAAAAUCAUUGACAAACCUUUCAGAAAACAUUAUUGAAGAUUUUCAAACAUCAUCAAAUAUUAUUAAUGCUAAUAAUAAUAAUAAUAACAAUAAUAACAAUAAUGGUGAUAAUAAUAAUAUUAAUAAUAAUAAUAUCGAUGAUGAAAAAAAUAAUGUCAAUAUUAGAAAUAAUACGAGACGAAUUCAAGAUAAUGAUUUACGUGUACCUUAUUCUACUUUUCACAGGCAUCAAAAUGCACACAAUGAAUUUAAGGAAAAAUUUAUCAAUAACUCGUUUGGGCAUGUUUGCUCAGUAUGUGAUAGAUUGUGGUUUGAAGAAGAUUUAAAAUCUGCAUCUGUUCAACACAAAGAUAUUAAAUAUAAUUCUUCCUCAUGUGUCAAACUACAAAAUUGCUUUAUGCAACACAUGUCUUAACGCAUUAAACAAAAAUAACAUUCCAGUAAUAGCUGUAUAUAAUGGGUUCAAAUAUCCACAAACUAAAUUUAUAAUUUAUAUUAAUUUUCAACACUUUUAAUAUUUUAAUGACAAUUAAAUUCCUAACAUAUCUUCCUUUUUCCCUUCCUUUAAGUCUCGGAAAUCUAAAGUUUUAGAUUUGUAUAAAUAUAGACAAGACUAUAGAUUUAGUAUAAUAGAAGCAUAUUUAAUUAGACUUAAUCUAACUUGGUUUACUCAGGACUGAAAUCGACUGAGCAGACUCAAUGUUUUUUUUUUAAUUGAAUUUAAAAUUUUUCAUUUAUUAUUUUUUUUUUUUAGCCGAAAAUUAUGCUACGGCGCGCCAUUUUCCCGGCCCAAGAGGACGAACCAAGUUUUGGGGGCGAGGCCGUGGCAGAAUUGGAAGGCGUGGAAGAGGAGAUAGGAGAGGAGGAAGAGGAAGAGGUGGGAGAGAAGGCGGAAGUGGUCCUACCAUUAAUCAUAAAAUUAUUU